AUGGCGUUGGGUGCUACUUUACACAACUUUCCCCAAUUCCAAGCUUCAUUACCUCCCAGUUUCAAAUUCAAAACUUGCAGCAGAAAAAGGACCGUUAUUUUAGCGCGAAAUUCCAACGGUAGCGAGCCCUCCUCCUCCAAUGGUUAUCCCUCUGCUACUACUUCACAAAAGAAACCAUUUCCAGGCAAGUCAGAGGCCGAUGUUGUUGUUAUUGGGAGUGGUAUUGGUGGGCUAUGUUGUGCAGGACUUCUUGCUAGAUACCAGCAAGAUGUUUUAGUGUUAGAGAGCCAUGAUUUACCUGGCGGUGCUGCUCACUCAUUUGAGAUCAAAGGCUUCAAGUUCGACUCCGGCCCAUCUUUAUUUUCAGGAUUCCAAUCAAGGGGUCCUCAAGCGAAUCCUCUAGGACAAGUUUUGGACGCAUUGGGUGAGUCAAUUGCAUGUACAAAUUAUGACUCGUGGAUGGUUUACCUACCUGAAGGCGAAUUCUUAUCACGCAUUGGACCAACUGAAUUUUUCAAGGACCUUGAGAAGUAUGCAAGUCCGGAUGCUGCACUAGAAUGGAAAAAGCUUCUUGAUGCAAUUCUUCCAUUGUCAGCAGCUGCAAUGGCUCUGCCUCCUUUAUCCAUCCGAGGAGAUUGGGGUGUUAUUUCCACUGCUGCUGCUAGAUAUGCCCCAUCUCUCUUGAAAUCUUUUUCUGAAAUGGGACCUCAGGGAGCUCUUGGUGCUACAAAGCUUCUCAGACCCUUUUCAGAAAUCAUUGACUCGUUGGAGUUAAAAGAUCCCUUUAUAAGGAAUUGGGUGGAUCUUCUAUCUUUCUUGCUCGCGGGGGUGAAAUCUAAUGGUAUACUCUCAGCGGAGAUGGUUUACAUGUUGGCAGAAUGGUACAAGCCAGGUUGCACUCUAGAGUAUCCUCUUCAUGGAAGUGGUGCAGUUGUUGAUGCUCUUGUCCGUGGAAUGCAGAAGUUUGGUGGAAGGAUAUCUCUGGGGAGUCAUGUUGAAAACAUUGUUGUUGAGAAUGGUCGGGCUAUAGGAGUGAAGCUAAAAAGUGGGCAAUUUGUGCGUGCUAAGAAGGCUGUAGUCAGUAACGCAUCUAUGUGGGACACUUUGAAGCUAAUACCUAAGGAAGUCAUCCCAAAUUCAUACAAGGACAAGAUUAAAACGACUCCACAGUGUGAAUCAUUCAUGCAUCUUCAUUUGGGUUUUGAUGCAGAGGGUAUACGUGAGGACCUCAGAAUUCAUCAUAUAAUUGUGAAUGAUUGGGAGAGAGGGGUCGAUGCUGAUCAGAAUGUUGUUUUGAUAUCCGUACCAAGUGUACUUAGUCCAGAUCUCGCACCCCCUGGUAAACAUGUGCUACAUGCUUAUACGCCAGGGACUGAACCAUUCAAACUUUGGGAAGGGCUUGAUCGUAGAAGCAGUGAAUACAAACAGCUCAAAGCUGAACGAUCCGAGGUAAUGUGGAGGGCUGUGGAACGUGUGCUUGGUCCAAAUUUUAAUCGCGAGAAGUGUGAAGUGAAGUUGAUUGGAACUCCAUUGACACAUCAAAGGUUUCUUCGAAGGAACCGAGGAACUUAUGGGCCAGCUAUACAAGCUGGUAAAGGCACUUUCCCUGGACAUUCUACACCAAUCUCACAGCUUUAUUGCUGUGGAGAUUCAACUUUUCCUGGCAUUGGAGUCCCUGCAGUUGCUGCUAGUGGUGCCAUUGUUGCAAAUUCUCUAGUUUCUGUAUCUCAACACUCGCAGCUUCUUGAGGCUGUUGGAAUAUGAGAAUAUGACAGCGAUGGGCUUCUGGGUGGAUGGUUGUGAGCAUUCAUUUGUGAUUCUACACACCUGGACGAUCAAAGUGGCGUCAUGGGAAUGGUUUAAGUCUAUUUUCAUUUUCACCAUCUGUUCGGAAGCAUAAGUUGUCAGUGUGUCUGCCUGCUGCAAGAUUAUCUGUUGAUGGAAUUCCCAAGGGCAGAAUGGGGGUGUUUUGUUGAUGAACUAAAUACUUAUGUUUUGUACUAACAGCUCAAGCACUCAUGGUAGAUAAUUGCUAGCUAACACAAUACCAGAGCAAGAGGUCUUCUCUGAUAAUGGCAAAACAUUUACAUGCUUGGCCCCCUUAUGAAGGGGACUUUGGCUACAUGUGAAGGGGCGUGUUGAUUAUAUCAGUGACACCACUGACAGCAUGAGCUUCUAGAGCAAUCAGUCGGCAGGUUUCAGAGUUUUCUUAUGCAUAAAGUGACAAUUUAUAUAGAUAACCAUAAACUUUGAUAUUUAUAAUCUGUGUAACUCGGUUGAAUUUUAAAGAUAACCGUAGACUUUGAUAUUUAUAGUCUGUGUAACUCUAUGAUGUAUGAUAAAUGGAACAGAUCAUUGAUACUGAGGUGCAUAACAUGCAAAGACUAUGAUGAUCUGGUUAUACCUUUUGAUGGAUCUUUUACCCGAAUUACAAAUUAAAU